GUAAGAGCCUCUCCAAGCCGCUGCUCUGUUGGACUGAAAGUCUGCCGGUGGUCUGAGGGCCAUCGCUGAAGCUCCACCGGCAUCAGAUCGAGCACCACCACCCCACUCCACUCCCCUCCCCUUCCCUGCCGUCUCCACCCCCUCCUCCUACUCCUACUCAUCCUCCUCCUCCGGCUGUUGUUGCGCUUCUGCUGCUGCAGCGUCCAAGUUCAGGUGAGCCACGUCUCCGGUACAACAAGUCCCCUCUCCGGUACGUAGGACCGGGGAUGCUCGGCGGCCCCCUUCCCGUCAAAUGCGAUGUCAUAAAUGGGCCACGUAGGAUGUGAAGCCUCGCUAGAAGAAGCAGGAGGAUGGCUAAACCAGGCUUGUCUGCGACGGUGCUGCUGCUCCUGCUGGGCUUCUUCUCGGCGUCCUCCGUUAACGCCGACACCUUGCUGUCAGCUCCGCUCAAUGUGACCAUCAGAGAACUCGAGGUCAACUCUGCUGUGGUGACGUGGGAGAUCUUGGAGGGAGAUCCCGUUAUUGGAUUCGCCAUCACCCAGCAGAAGAAGGACGUACGCAUGCUGAGGUUCAUCCAGGAAGUGAACACCACCACACGCUCCUGUGCUUUAUGGGAUCUGGACGAGGACACCGAGUACAUUGUCCAUGUUCAGAGUAUUAGCAUGGGGGGCAGCAGCCCUCCCAGUCAGCCCGUGCUCUUCAGAACGCCCAAAGAGUCCGAGAAGAUGGCGUCCAAGAGUCCUGAUGAGGUGACGAUGGAGGAGGUUGGUCAGGCUGCCCAGCUGAGGGCUGGGGAACUCAUCAUCAUUGUAGUGGUGCUCAUCAUGUGGGCAGGGGUGAUCGCCCUGUUUUGUCGCCAGUACGACAUCAUCAAAGACAACGAGCCCAACAACAACAAGGACAAAGCCAAGAACUCCUCAGAGUGCAGUACUCCUGAGCACCCACAGGGGGGGCUACUGCGCAGUAACGUCUAAGACCCAGCCCUGCAUCGCCUUCUGCAAUAACUCUACUCCUCAAACCUCAGGACAGAUCCUGAGAACAACAGAAAGCCAUUCUCAGAAAAACACACUGAAGAACAGACAAACCAUUAUAGAAACUCCUCCUGACACAAUGGAAAGCUUCAAAUACAGCAGACACCAACGUGAACCUGCAAAAUUGGAGGCUGCAAACAGUCAAACUGCUUUCACCCUUGUUGCGACCAAAAUGGGACUGUAUCCCACUUCCAGCCGAUAUAUAUACACGAGACACAGGACGGCUGUCAGUCACCUUCUUUUUGACUACGAGAACUGCUCGUUUCACACGAUAAUCCUCAUCAGUGGCGUGGAAAGUCCCGGGAGCGGAUCGCAAAACACGGACGUCAACUUCAGGUUUGCAUCACUUGGUCAGAGAUCAGAGCUGCCACACAAGAAUAGCUGGUCCGAGUGCACCAGUCAGCACACAGCAAAACAGGUUGAGCUCUGUUUUAAACUGAGGACCUUCUCUUUUUCUAUCCGUCCGUCCUCCAUUACGUCCUCCCUGUGUUUAUUAGAGCCCUCUGUGUAGCAGCUCAUCUCUCCCCUUGUCUUUCUGUGUGGGUGUCUCUCUAAUAAGCACAUCGCUGUUUGGUGCUCCUCCUGUCGUGAUUGUUUGAGUCCUUACAAUCCCAGUCUUGAUUACGGUAUGAUUUUAUUGUCGGUUCAGAAGUAUUGCACGUUUUUUCUCUCUCUCUUUGUCACCGGUUAAAUGAUGCAUCUGUUUGAAGCUGAACCUUAACUCCCACUUUGAGGAUAAAAUCUGUCGCUUGUGGGGUGGUGGUGGCAUUGACAGAAUACAGCUAUGUUGAAAGUUCAGGAUAAACAAGGUAAUCUCUCAUCCAAAUUGAAAUACACCGACAACUCCUUGCAUUGAAAUCCAAACGUCAUCAUUGGUGUGUCACGUUUAGAAGAGUGGCGUGAGUGCAACGUGACUGAUUUAGGUUUGUAUUGAGGUUUAGUGUUCAUGGCUGCAUAUUCAGCGCCACAUGCCAUCUGUGGUCUGCAGUAGGAUGUGCUGGGAAUAUGGAUGGGGAAAUGCGGGGCAUCAUUCCUAAUGAAAUGUAUGCACUGGGCUAAGUUUGGCCGGGUUUCCGUUGCAGUUUGGAUGAAAACCAGCGGGGAUGCCAGCGAGGAGAAGCCCCGAGACUCUGCUGUGUUUUGAAAUUCAUUUUCAAAACACAGCAGAGUCCCUUUGCAGGUACACACAAAUCAUGGGAAACAGAUUUUUUUUUUUUAAAAAAAAAACAGUCAUUGCAUGCUUUGAGUUAGAUAAAAAAAAAAGGGAAGUGAAGCAAAUAAAUAAAAAUGGUAUAUUGCACAGCAGUAUAAACGUGUCUAAAAUUGGCUGUUACAGUAUAAAAUAACUCCUCAAAUAAGUCCAGAUUUAUUACUAGCAUGAUAGUAGUCCAGCUUCAGUUGAGUUGGUCUACCUCCACAAAGAUUAUCUGUACUGACUGAGCAUCAUGUGAUUCUUGCCAACAUGAUCAACACAUCUUCAUCAGUGUGUAAUAAUUCUAAAGCCCCAAACCAGUGCUUUACUCAUCCUAAUAACACAUAUUGUAUUGUCUGUGCAGCCAGCUCCUGUGAUAUGUGCCGUAUUCCUCUGGGCCAGAAAGCUUCAUAGUUAAACAGACAAACUAUUUUUAAAAUGGUAAUGAGCUCCACUGUUGCUCCUACAUUCAGUCAAUCCCUGAGCAUCCUGCUACUAUAAAAGCCAGUCCACAAGCUGUGCAUUCAUUCAAAAGAGUCCCAGAAGACUGCACUAUUUCUUACUGAAUGAGUCACAUUUGUUGAGUGAACUACUACCCUGGAAGCCUUACUCUGUCUACAAACUCUGUGUGGCGGGAAACUGGUCUGGAAUUGAGAUGUAAUGCUAUGAAAAUUUCAUAUUGCAAAUUAUUGUGACCAAAAUUGUCACGGUUGUCAUCAAAAUGUUCAAAGAGUAGUUAAACACACAGUGAAAUCAUUUAGUCAAAUUUUAUUUUGAAAAAACAAACAAACAAACAAACAAAACAAAACAAAACAAAAAAAACGAGCACAAUGAUCCUGAGGAUGUAAUAGCUAUAGCAUCACUGCAUUUGCCUCUGUGAAUAAUGGAAAAGCAAAUUCAUUAUUAUUAUUAUUAUUAUUACCUGACUGAGUCACACACACAUUAGCUUUACUCCUGUAAAAACAAAACGCGCUUCAGUGUUUCCUUUAGGAUUUAUUUCUAAUAUUUUUUUUUUCCUAAAAUUUACCAGAUCUGUGUCAGACGUCCUGUCUGUUUAUUGUUUAUUUUAAGGAUCCCCAUCCGAAGCACAUUCAAAUAUUCAUAUUCAUAUUGGAAGUGGAACAGAGCUAGGCUACAGCAGCGCUGCAGUGAAAACAGACCAAACAUGUCGUGUCAAUAACAUUAGGUAACACUUAAAACAUCAGCUUCCUUUACUCGCGAACUAUAGGAAAGUUUGACAGACAAACCAGGACAUUCUUCACUGUUCCUAAGUCCUCACAUCAUGCAUUCAGCUACAACUUAACGUACCUUGCACUCACUGUGUAGUUGUGAGUGGUGCUCAUGGAGAUGGCUCACAUUAGAAGUGUUACCUGUGCCGUGAAGGUGCCUUCCACCAUGUUGUCAGCAGAAAUGUCUGAGGGAGCGAGUGCUGCUUCCUCUCCAGAAAUGAGCCGUGUCACCGUGAAUUCCGUGCUUUAAUCAGACACGAUUUUAAUGAUAAUAAAAAUUUGAAACGGUUAUACCAACCGUCUGGAAUUUUACCUCCGUUUACCAUGUAACUCCGCUGGCGACUGAUUAUGCUGUGGCAAAGAUCUUAAGGCUCUAUGUGGCAACAGACAGAAGAGUAACAGAGACAGAGUUGUACACGCCGUCUGCUACCCCAGGCUAAUACAGUAAAAAAAAAUACAGUGCCUAUUGUGAAAGGUGUGUAUCUUCAGCAGGAAAAUAGGUACAGACAGAGUAGAGAACAGAUUGGUGCAUUUAGUCUUUUGAAUUUCCUGACAAGAGAAAUAAAGAAUAGCGACAGUCUAAUUUUAAAAAAGGAGGAAAAGAUUGUCACUUGCUGCCCUAGGUCUUAAACACACUCGGACAGCCUAUUAUUAUUGAAGGAGAAAUCCUUGUGUGCAUAUGCGUAACCUUCUGACUUAUUCAGUUCUGUUUCAUCGCAGGUUUUCUGUGAAGGAGCAAAGGGUCCCUUCACAAUUAUGCAGCUGAAGAUAAGGCUUCAUUAUCAUCUUUAUAGUUUCCUGUUUAAUUAUGUUUUCUAUCUGCACAGUUGUAAAUAUAUUAGACCCUAACCCCUGGAUACUGGAUACACUCACUCAGAAAGUCAGACAGAAAAAUGCUAAAAAGCCAAAUUCAGAUGGGUUGCACCCUUAUUAGAGAUAAUGAGUGAAUGUCUGAAUGCCUCGCUGGCUGAGAUGACUGCUAAUCAGCAGCAACACGCACAUCCAGACAUGUAUAGGGACACUCGUGCUUGAUUUAAACACAGUCUGAGAGAGGCAGCCAUUACUUUCUCAAUCAUCAAUUCUGCUAUCACACCUCACCCUGCCGUCCACUUUUCACCCUCUCCUGCCUUUAUAAGCCUCUAUUUCCCCCUCUAUCUCCAACCACCCUCGUCUGCCUUCAUUCUCCCAUUUAUGACUUUGCCCUCCCUUUCUGUCCUCCUGUCGCAAUGUUCUCUUCCUCAUAUCACUUGUUUCUCCCCUUCACCGGCCCUGUCCUCACUCCUCUUCCCCUGCAGCUCUCCCCUGAUUCUCAUUAUAUCCACUCUCAGACUCCCGUUAGCCACCUUCUCCCUCUUCGCAUCGGGUCUCUUCUCUCUUAUUCGGCUCCGGCCCGUCGCUCAUCCCUUUCUCAUUUAUUACGUUUUUUUUCCUGCGACUGGCAGGGAUGGACGCUUUGCUCGGCAAACAAGUAGGACAAAUAGACUAAAAGGAGGAGGAAAAUGAAAGAACCGGUGAAAUAUGAGAACUCAGUGGAAAGUGGGAGGUAGGAUGUUAAGAAAAAGAAGCACGUUUACUCUAUUUACAAGCACAUUUAAUAUCUCAGUGUAGUAGCAGCAAUAUUCGGGAUUUUAAAAAGUGAAAAACCAAGAGCAAAAUUGUAAGAAAUGCAUUAUAGUAUGUCUUAGCAUGUACAGUUUCAGACCUGCACAUACACUUUAAUAUUUUCCCAGUGUGUGGAUGCUAUCAGGGUCCAGAUUAAUGUGAAUAUGUGCAAGACACAAAAGUGUUUUUGUCUGAGUAUGUACGUAUGAACAAUGAAAUGAAAUGAAGUCUUCCGUUUUUCCUAAUACUGCUAUCAUACUAGCACUAUCAAGCAUUACACUUCACUGCAAGGACCUCUGUUGUGUUCUGCGAAUCAUCAACCAUUUGUUUGGUUAGUUAUUCUAGCUUUAUUGCUAUAGUCUAGACAAUCGGAUGACAGCAGUUUUUUGUUGUUGUUUUGUUGCUGAACUUGCGAAACUGACAGUCCCAGAAAAGAAAUGAGAAACUGCUUUUGCCUACAACUUUUGGGAAUUUAAGAGGUAAUGUGUCAAAAUUGACCAAGAAUCUCAAGAGGCAGUCUUCCGUCUUUUUUAUUAACUGAAACGGCAAGAAUGAAAAGCUAAUGGUGCCUUCAAAUGGGUCGUAGGGGGAGUUCAUGGGAACGGUUUUACCGUUUUAUGGAAUUCACAACUUCAAAAUGGAUGGUCGUUUUCUGAAAGCCCACAUGUUGUGUUUCAUGAUUUUUUUUUAGAAAUGUGCAGGGCUAAAGGAAGCCAAAAUUUUGGUAGCUGUAUAGUACUUUAGUCAUAAAUUUAGUUUUAUUUCGUAAUUUGUCCCUGAGAUGUAAAUGGUAAUUUUCCCAUUUUUUCUUUGCAUUUCCUACUUGCCCGUUAGCGUGCUAAAUUAUUAGUUUUGCUAGCUCGCAGAUGUGAGCAGGUGCCUACCAACAAUGUUCAGUCAACUCUAGCAAUUGAAAUGCAAGCGUUUGUGUACAUGAGUUUUCUUGACAUGACCACAGACUCACAGGGUUCAUCUGAAGUCAGCACUGGUAUGGGUGAAGCUUGGCAACUCAGCAGCUAGGAAAGAACUCAAAAAAUGAGCACUGAUUGUAAAUUUCGUCUUUGCUGCCCUUGUGUGGUUUAAUUUCUCACCUUGUGAUCUAGAGGUGUGUUGUAGGACACAGUGACAUGACAGAUUGUGAGGUAAUCAGCCACAGUUUCAGUCACACACGGCUGUGAAACACUGCUUUUCGCCUUGAUGGUAGUGAAAAAAAUAAAUUAAAAAGUCAUUUGACUGUAGACUAUAUAGGGAGUACCUACAGUGUUGGUCUACUAACUCAAGCUUAACUACUUCUGAAAGACCUAAAAAGGCCUGAAAGAACCUGUGAAAUAAAUAAACAAAUGAGUAAUACUAAUAAUGUGAUACUUGAGGCUAUGACAACAGUGUGACAUCUUGACCAGAACUGUAGAACACAGCAGAAUUAAUGAGCAAGCAUGUCUAGCAUUAUAGACGCAGUGGAAGUAAAUGUCUAGGUUUUUCCACUGGGACUGUAGCUGGUAGUGUCUGAGUGAGUCUACUUUUGCUACAUUCUGAAGUCGGGCUGGUUGGUGCUCCUCAACAAAUUUGGAAGCAUUUUUAAGUCGGCCCGCCUCUUAUUUUCCAUUCUCUGUACUAUUUUAAAACUACAUUUCCUGUGAAGUGGACAGGACAACGACCAGAUACCUGUUGCGCAGAUGUUGUCAUCAUCAUUAGUAAAUUUGCUGCCCAGUUCCCUGGAGUCGCUCCAUUUGGAAUCCACUAUGCCUGACGAAGAUCUGCCAAGCGAAUCAAAACAUCAACUUUUAUAGUGAGAUGGACGGAAACAGUGAUGUAUUCAUCCACGACAGCUGGGUACCAUUGAGUUGGAUUUGUUAACAACAAAAUAGCUGCCAUUGAAGUAGUUUAGAUUGCCCUCUUGAUACUGAUGAUAGCAAAAUAAUUUUAAGGAAAGACCGGUUAACAGUGAUUAAGGCAUGUAUCAAGAACCACACAUCAUGUAAUUUGUCAUUCUGAUUGGUUGUAGGACUAUCAAAAUGCAUGCAGAGGUAUUUUUUUUCCCCUGUAUUGGUUGAAACACGGUUCCCAUAAUCAAAGUAGAGUCUGGGGUUCUUAUCAGAAUUUGAGUCGAACACCAGGCUAAGUCAGGUUGGAAUGAUAAUACAAUGUAGCCUAUGUAUGUGCACUAAGCUAGGCAGACUCCAGAACUACACAUCACAGCACACAUUUCUGAUUUGAAUAGGUCUUGUGUUGUGUUGGCGCUUCUAUUUGGAAUAACUGUUGAGCUUUGUAGGCACGAUAAAGAGGGAAAAUAUCACUUUCCUAGCCAACUAGUUAAUACCUGGGAACAGACAUGAUCCUUGCUGAUCAGCUGCUUCUUCUCCAGGCUAACAACUUUUAGAAAAACUGCUUUUCAGUCAGAUUGUCAUGCAUCUCAUCGUUUGUACUGAAGAUGAACUUUUUAUUUAGAGUGCAAUUUCUGUUGGACUAGUUAGUGGCCCACAAUACCCUAAUAAAUUCUCUUUUGCCUUUAAAAGUCAGGAUGAAUUUGUUCUUCCCUCCAUGAUAAAAUGCAGCAAACACUGUAAAUGCUGUCUUUCAGGUCACACAAAUUCAUAAAAGUGAACUUUGUCAUUAAACUGUGCCCACGGUGGUAAGUCAGCCUGAUCACCGAAUAUUAAUCUGAUGCAAAGGACGAUAAAAGUGCAAAUGUGCACAGUGACUGUAAUACAAUUGAGCCCGGAGUGGUAAUUUUCCUAUAUCCUAUAAUCCUAGCGCACAUACACGCACACUUAAACACUCACUCAUCCACCAAGUCCAUUCUCUGGCUGGCUGCGGUCCAAACUGACACGCUGGGGGUGGGUAAAGCAGCAGAAGGCAGGUCUGGCCCAGACAGCUCAGUCUCUGUCUAUCAGAGGCUGCAGGAGGCGACUGAACAGCUGCUCAAGGUGAACACCCGAUGAGGCACGUGCAAAUGUGCAGCCUGAGACCGGGGGAGAGACCUAAAGACAGGCAGAGAGAGAGAGAAAGAGACAAAGGGGAGGAUGAGUCAGAGAAUCAAUGGGAGUAACGUGAGUGCCAGACACAGAGGGGCAGCGAAGAUUAUUGCACCCAGUGGGGUUUGCAGUGACAAAGCUCCAAGUUCCUUCAUGGUGGUUUGAAUUUUAACAGGACUGUUGGAUGAAUGGGCGAAAUAAGUCCGGAUUUAAAUUUUCAAGUGUGUCAUCAUUAGAAGUCGGGAAACCAUUCCAGGAAAAGAACUGAGGUUCUGGUCACACCGGACAACAUCUGAUUUUCAGUCAUUGCCCCACUCGAUGUCCUUAGAGGUUCUGAUAACGCAUCACAGUGUAGCAGGAGAUGCAAGUCAUCUUAACUUGAUAAAUAUGCCAGUAGUGCAAUUAUUCCCAGCAUACAAGCACUACGAGCUUCUCAGUAACCCUGGCCUUUAACAAACUUCCUUCUUGUCUUCACGCCUCAAGUGAAACCUACAAAAUGGCUGAAGUUGUCCCCUUCCUUCCCACUGGUUCACCUGUACUGUACAUGAUCAAAGGAGCGAAUGUCGAAAACCUUGAGUAAUCCCCCUCAGGCCCUACAUAGUAUAGUAAAGAAUAGGGCCGUUUACUUAUGGCAUAUAUUUGUACUUUAUGUCAAAGCAAAUAACCAAGAAGCAUGGAUUUACAGCAGAAUAAUGGAGUCAGUGUUUUAUGUACGAUCACGACGUCUGUGUUGAACCAUCUUGAUGUUCAUGGGAUAAAACCUGUUCAUGAGGGCUAGCAUGACUCUGCUAUUGUUCACACCCAUGGUAAUCAUAUAUACUAUUUCUAUGGAAAUAUAAACGUCUAAUUAUGUAUAAACACAAAAGAAAUAAAAUAUUUUCAAUGCA